AUGCGUUGUCCGGAUAGGAAGAUUGUGUUGCGCCAAUGUCUUAACUCUUCUUUUUUACCACUUGGCUCUCUUAACCCUUACACUUUCCUUAUUCCCUCCAUUUCCCUCACACAAGCCUCCCUCUUUGUAAUUUCUUCCUCUCAUUUGUUGUUCUCUCUCGAUUUCUAUUUAUUGUACUUCUUCAUCACUUUCUCACUUAUUAUCAUUCUUUCGUACAGCUCUCUUGUUCUCUCUCUCUCUCUCUCUCUCUCUCUCUCUCUCUCUCUCUCUCUCCUCCCUCUUUCUAAUUUCGUCCUCUCUCUUUCUGUUUAUUGUACUUCUUCAUCUCCUCCAUCCCACAGUUGUGACACUUCUGCACUCUUUUUCUUUCUCUCGCUCUUACACUCUUACGCUUUUACGUUCGUUAUUACUUUCAUUCAUCUCACAGAAGCCUCCCUCUUUGGAAUUUUUCCUCUCACCUGUUCCUCUCUCUCUCUGUUUCUAUUUAUUGUACUUCUUCAUCUCUUUCUCACUUAUUAUCAUUCUUUCGUUCUUGUUCUCUCUCUCUCUCUCUCUCUCUCUCUCUCUCUCUCUCUCUCUCUCUCUCUCUACCACAUUUUUCUCUCUUUCCCGUUGUCUCUCUUUCUUUUACUGGUAUUCAUUCUCAUUUCAUUAUUUUUGUUUCUCUUCUUAUCAACUUAA